AUGGCCUCAGGGGCUCCCAGCGGACCCCGCCCCCUGCCGCCGCCAUCUUGUUGUUUGCCUCCCUCCGGCCGGCCACGUGGCACUUUCUCCCAGCGGAAGCCGAGGCACCGCCCCAACUUCCGGCCAGACCGGUUCCAGCCGGCCGCGGCCCGCAGACGCGCGGCUGCCCCCUGGCGGCCGGCCGCGCGCCGCCCCGCCCCGCCCCGCCCGGCCCUCGCCAUUCCCUUCCUGGCCCGCCGCACGUAUGUGCGCCGCCGCGCGUCCCGGGGGCGGGGCUCCCGAUGCACCCGGCACGGGGCGGGCCCGUCUCCCAGGGCUUCCGCUUGGGUUCCGGGCGUCUUUACACGCAGUUUAAACUGUAAGCUCGUGCGGCCGCAGCUACGAGGUUUUGGCACGCGGUGUCUUGUGUUUCAGGACUUUGAAACGGGAACCUCGAACCUCGCUUUUCCGAAGCGGCUUCUGCCCUCCGCCGGCGCACUGAGUCCGAGCGGGGUCCGCCCCGAGCGCGUGCACCGCCCCGUGGGUUCCCGGACGCGGGAUGGGGAGCCAAGUGCGGGCUGGGGCGCCCCGAUUCUGGUGCUCCCGGCUGUCUCCACUUUCCCCUCGGCCCCAGGAGGAGAUCAAGAAGUUGUUGAUAGUGCCUUACGUCUAAGGAAAGGAAGCGGUUUGCCAGAAGGACUGAGUUGGGACGAGUUUUUUUUUUUCUUCUUCUGUAAGUCUUGGUAAAUUUUGAAUGUCUGCCACAUUGCUUAUGAAAAAUUAAUGAGUAGUUGGUAUAAGAAAAGAACUGGAAAUUUUAUUUGAGCCAACCUGAGGGUUACGACCUGGAAGACAUUCAGAAAGCUGGGAGGACUGUUCCACCUGUUAGAGGUCAGAGCACAGUUAAUGUAAGUUUUUGAGGCAAAAGGGUAAUUUGUCAAAUGACGUGUUAUUACUGACCGUUUGCAAACUCUAAAUCUGUGUGUACAAAGUGAGUCAUGGGUCGUGGGUCAGUAUGGCCCUUUACCAGAUGAAGAAAGAUGGUUAUCUUAUAGGGAAUUAUGACCUUUUAUAAGAUGAAGAAGGAAUGUUAUCUCCUAAGGAUGUCUGGUUACUGCAAGUCAUAUACUGAUACACUUCGAUGGAGGAGGCCCAAGCGGGCAGAGGAAAAAAAAAACUUACAUUUAAAUUUUCUUGUCUUGCUUUAAGGUAUGAAUUUUAUUUCAUCAAUAUGAAUCUGUAUCUUAUUCCAAAUUAAAUUAAAUGGAAAAUUGGUAUUCAGAAUAGUAUUAGAAUGGAAACCAGUAUCUGCAUUCAGAUCUGACUGAAUCCCAGUGAUCUAUUGACUACACCUGACGCACUUUUAAACAUAAAAUUCUGUAUAAAUUUGAGGUGGUGUUUUUAAUAAUGAAGUAUUAGUUAGAAAUUUACUUUCUGUUUUUAACCUUUGAAAAAUGACUCUGUGUGACCCUGGUCCAAACGUGCAUGACACAUUGGUGGGUGAAAUUGUUCUCAUUUUGAUUACGAGUAACAGCUGUACAAUAACCGUAAAACGGACCAUAAAUGUAAUACCUAGACUCCGAGGAAUAUUCAUGUUAUCAUUAAUUGACAAUUGCCAAGAGAUUGGAGCUCUUUUAGUAGCAAUGGCAAAGUGCUCUUAUUCCCAAGACUAGUCACUGGGAAGAAUUUUAUCGGUAUAUUUUAUAUCUAUUAUGUUCCACUUAAAAUUAAUUAUGUAUAAAUAAUGCUUUUUAUUUUUUCAUGAAUCUGUAUCUAUAUGAAGAACAUCCUGGGUUUGGAAAGAUUGAUCAUUUAUUCUGCUAAUGUUUUUUUAAAAUUGGAGGAUAAUUGGUUUACAAUGUUGUGUUUGUCUGUGCCAUACAGCAACAUGAAUCAGCCAUAAUUAUAUGUAUGGUCCCUCCCUCUUCAGCCUCCACCCACCCCCACCCGACCCCACCUGUCUAGGUUGUCACAGAGCAUGGGGUUGAGCUCCCUGUGCUAUGCAGCAACUUCCCACUAGCUAUCUUUUUCACACAAGGGAGUGUAUCGUUUUCAGUGCUGCUGUUUCAAUUGAUCCCACUCUCCCCGUCCCCUGCUGCAUGCAAAGUCUGUCCUCUUUGUCUGCGUUUCUACUUGGAAAAAAAGAGAGGUAGAAAUACAGCUUGAUGACAGUUCAGAGGAGGAAGAUAUUAGUGUUUGAUCUGUGUCUCCGCGCAUGGUCAGUUGCGUACUACUUUUUGUGACUCCAUGGACUGUAGCCCGCCAGGCUCCUCUGUCCAUGGGAUUCUCCAGGCAACAAUACUGGAGUGGGUUGCUAUUUCCUACUCCAGGGGAUCUUCCUGACCCAGGGAUGGAACCUGUGUCUCUUGCAUCUCCUGCAUUGGCAGGCAGAUUCUUUACCACUGUGUCACCUGGAAAGCCAGGUGCCUAGAACUGUUCUGUGCCUAGAACUUUAUUGUUGGAAGGGCUUGUAAAGAUGUGUGAGUAGACACUUGCUCCUAGCAGUGGCAUUUGGUCCCUGAAAUUAGGAAAUUGGCUCUUUGUAGUGAUUCUCUAAGGGCUUCCCAGGUGGUGCUAGAUCCUGCCUGACAAUGCAGGAGACCUAAGAGACGCAGGUUCCAUCCCUGGGUGGGGAAGAGCCCCUGGAGGAGGGCAUGGGUGUGUGUGCAGUGAUUCUCUAAAAGCUACAUUGUCCAGCUCCUAGGCCUGCAACUUUUCUCCAAGAGGAGACUGCAGUUUCCAGUAAACCCAUGGCUGGGAGCUGCAGUGACAUGCUGGGAUCGGCCGGUGGGGAUGAAGGCGCACUUUCAGUGACAUCAUGAUGGCAGCUUGAAUUUGGUGACAAUGCAAUGAUUUAUUCCCGAGAAAUAGGUGGACACUACAAAUCCAAGGCUUUUGCUGGAGAACUGCUUAUUAAACAUGUAUCAGCACACCACAGCCCGCCACCCCACUAUCGCUGCUGGGAGAAGCCCAGAUGGGGUACCUAGCCCCGCUCAGGUUGCCCAGGGUUACAGUGUGCCUGGACUCAGCAGUCCCUUAGUGGUCUUGGGGCCAGUGUUUCCAACAGCUGUAGUCUCUUAAACCAAACUAGAAACAAAGGGUGGAUCACAAGUUUUUCUGGGUCAGUCCAGUAUUGCCGAAGUUAUUUCCUGGGACGAAGGAGAAACUGAGCAGUCUGGGCAACCGACUGACCCUCCUGAAGAAGCUUGCAUCCUUAACAAAAGGGAACUUGCACGGAACAAAAGGGUGGGGGGUGGGGGGAGGUGGCGGGGCAUAGUCUUCCUAAUGGGAGUGUCUGUGUUUCUGGAGUUGAGUACUCCAAAAACUGUGUUUAGACCUUUUUGGAAGUGGAGUAUUAUAGGUAGGAGGGUCUCUGCCUGGAGGGCUAUAUCUAAAGUCAGGGAAGCAGGCGGAUGGAAGAAGAGGGGAUUUUCUACAAUAGAGGAAGGCAUUUGUUCAUUCAUUCAUUCAACAAACCAAUAAUAAGUGCCCAUCUAAGUGGUUUUCACAUCUACGUUAGAAUACAUGGGAUUCUAAACUUAAAAAUUUGCUUCAGUCUAUAUUGAUGGUGUUUGGUUGUGUGCGAGGCUGAAUGACGGGUCCCCUCAAAAGACAUCCCGAUCCUUGGAAUCUGUGACUGUUACUUCGUCUAGUUUAAAACAAUAAAAGGCUUUGCAGAUGUGAUUAAGUUACGGAUCCUGAGAUGAGGGGGGAGAUUUAGUCUUCCCCAGAAGCAGAGAGAAAAGAGUGGGACAGAUUUUCCUUUUUUUUUUUUUUUAAAUUAUUUUAAUUGGAGGAUAGUUACUUUACAAUAUUGUGUUGAUUUCUUCCAUACCUCAGAAAGUUCCUAUGUCCCCUCCCUCCGGAACCUUCCUCCCAGCCCAUCCCACCCCUCUAGGCUGUCACGGAGCACAGGAUUUGAGCCCAUUCCCACUGGCUAUCUUUUACAUACAGUAAUAUGUAUAUUUCAAUACGGGUCUCUCAGUUUAUCCCACCCUCUUCCCCCACUGUGUUCACAAGUCUGUUCUUUAUGUCUGCGUCAGAUUUUCCUUUUGAGUCUUCAGAAAGAGCCCGGCUCUGCCAACACUUGAAUUUUGGAGUUCUAGCCUCUGGAACUGUGAGAGAACAAAUUUCUGUUGUUUUUGAGCCCGCCAGUUUGUGGUAAAUUGUCACCACAGCCGUAGGAAACUAAUACAGAGUAGAAGACUGGUUUUGAAGUAGCACUUUACAUACGAUUUAGCAAAGAUCCAUGCUAGAGAUAAGGGUCGCUACGGAUAAACAUCACAGAAAUUCAUCCCUUGACUGUCCCUGCU